AUGAGGACAGCUUGGCCAGAAAUGGAACUCACCCAGCUUUCGCCCGUAACGACAGUCACGUUUAACUAUGACUACUACUAUGAUGACAACUGCCAGUAUCAGCAUCUGCAACACAUGUCUACUUUCCUCCCUAUCCUGUACACUGCUGUGUUCCUGGUGGGCAUCGUCGGCAACUCCAUCCUGAUAGUAGCCUUGGUCUUCAAGCGACGGGUCCAGAGGCUGAUCGACAUCUUCAUCAUCAACCUCGCUGCAUCUGACUUCGUCUUCCUCAUCACGCUGCCGUUCUGGGUGGACAAGGAGGCGUCGGACGGGAGCUGGAGGGUAGGAUCUUUCCUCUGUAAAGCUAGUUCCUACGUCAUCUCAGUCAACAUGUACUGCAGCAUCCUCCUCCUCACUUGCAUGAGUGCCGACCGGUACCUUGCUAUCAUGCAUCCUUCUAUUGCUAGACGGGUCAGAACAAGGUCCUACUCCAGUGGACUCUGUAUCUGUGUCUGGCUAUUAUCCUGCUGCUUAGGGAUGCCAACCCUUUUGUCCAGAGAACUGAAGAAGCAAUAUGGAAAGACUUACUGCACAGACAAAGCUGUGACAGAAGCCAAACAGAUCAUGUCACUGAUGCUUUUAAUCCUGGCCUUCUUCUUCCCACUGUUGAGUAUCUUAACCUUUUACUGCUCCAUCACCAGGAGACUCUGUGUGCAUUAUCAGAGAGCUGGGAAACAUGAUAAGAAACUGAGAAAAUCCAUCAAGAUCGUCUUUAUUGUAGUGGCAGCUUUUGUUAUCUCCUGGGUUCCCUUCAAUCUUUUCAAGCUUAUGGCCAUCCUUUUGGGACUCUUGAAGCAGCCCGACUGUCUUCCCAACACGGUGGCCCAGGUGGGCAUGAAGGUGAGCAGCCCUUUGGCUUUUGCCAAUAGCUGUGCCAACCCUUUCAUUUACUAUUGCUUUGACAACUACAUCCGCAGAGCCAUGCUCCGGUGCCUGUGCCCACGGGUGAAAAUCAGCAGCAGUGGCAGCAACUCUGAUACUACGGACACUCGCCUGAGCCACUCCUUAUCCAAUUUUGUUGUUGGGGAGUAUGCUGCUAGGAAGAGGAAGCGCUCUGUGUCCCUCUGA